AAGUUGUAGAUUUUGUAUUAAUAAAAGUAUAAACUAGUUAUGAUUAAACUUAUACAUCCGGUAUCACAUGGCGAAGGAUGGGUUAAAAGGAAAGAAAUUCUACGCGCUAGAAAAGGAUCGAAAUACGGAAUCAGGAAAGAUAGAAUAAGACGAGAAAUAGAUAGUGUAACCGAGACGGGAUCAGUGGAGACGAGUUCGCGUAAACCACCAGCGAAUCCAUCUCGUAUCUCCGCCGAAUGGAGCGGCGUGACUGGAGGACCACCAGCGGAAGUAGUCCUGCGAUUACAUCCUUCACCGACACCUGCCUUUCCUGCACAUACCACACGCUUCAAUCUAUCAACAGAAAUCGAGCGGAGUAAACCCACCGAUUGUCCACCCGCUGAAGUAGUUAACCGGCUACAUCCCCCUACAAAACCAGCCCAUCCCGAAAUUAUGAUCGCCAAUAUGUCUUUAGCUAAUAUUGAUGGCAGUGGAGUGGUCGUUCGAGCUGAAGAGGCCCUCAUAGUCGCGUUUGUGCUACUGCUAUGGGUCGCCGCUAUUGCGCUUUUCUUCAACCGUUGGGGCAAGAUCAGGUGCGUCUAUAAACUGAUGUUAGAACCAUAUCAGCCAAAGUUUCAACAGCAACAUCGGCAAAGUUGCGCUCUUGCGGAAAAUUCUGUGUCAGUACCGCCUCAUCAUCGAGCGUCCCUUUCAAGAGGAUGUGUUUCAUACGACUGCGGAGGAACAUUUCCUUCAUAUCAACCAUGUGGCUAUCUCGGACAUCGACCUAGACAGAAUUCCGUCUUCGUCGGAAGCAUGGGUGGGAUGGCAUUGAUACCAGAGAGUCCGCCGCGAAGAUCACGUUCCGCUGCUGAUCUUCCGGCCCUCACAACCCCCUCGGAACACGCGAUCCGUACACCUAGGUCUUCAAGAGCCGCGAGUCUCCACAGUGCUGUGGACCUCAGAGUCUGUGUUCCAUCACCCCGGACCUCAAGAGCUGCGAGUCUCCAUUCAGCUGUUGACAUGCCUCAAGGAUCAGUUCAGGUCCACGUCCGAGGUUCAGCGACAAAUCUGAACAGACCAAAAAGUCCAAGACGCUUAACAAUCACUAACGUGUAAUAUCCAAAGUAAAGUCACUUCGCUGACUGAAGACCAAUUAUUCUUUUAAUUACAAUGUAAAUGUGA